GUAGGAUACCUCCAAGAUUAGACAUUGCAGGAACAACUGCUAAAACAGUUAUCUCACUGGGCCUCCUGCCUCCUGCCAUCAUGUGGUGGAAAAGAGCAACAGCCUCUGCAUGAGACAACAUUCCUACAGUGCAUCUGAUCAAACACAAGUCUCGCAUACUCAAUCUCACCCCAUCAAAUGAGUUCCACGUAAAUACGUUCUUCACCGGCAUUUCAUCAAACGCCUUCUUCGCUCUUCGACAAGCGGGCGGCCGCCAGUUCCUCCUCGAUGUGGCGCAGACUCCUCGCGAGAGCGAUCCCACUCGCCCCCGCCUCCUCUGGCUUCCCCAAACCGCUAAGCCCCCUCCUCCACAUCGGUGGACCGCGCCUAACCACCUCUUCCGGGGACCCCGUCGCGGACGGUGGCAUCGGCGGCGAAGAUGACCCUUUCUGCUUCCCGGACCACUACUACGAGCAGCUCCCGCCCGAUGUCGCCCGGGGAGUGGACGCCGUCGUAGCAGCUGCCGAGGCCACCGGCUCCAAUGCCACGGACGCCGCGCGGGCCCUCGACGGGUGCGGCGCCGAGGCGUCCGAGCCGCUCGUGGUGGCCUCGCUGGCGCGCCUCCGGAACAGCUGCGCCGCCGCCCAUGCCGCGUUCCGGUGGGCCGCCGCGCAGCCCGGGUACGCGCCGGGCCGGCGCGCGUGCCACUCCAUGCUCGACAUCCUCGCCAAGCACCGCCGCUUCGACGCCGCGCGCGCCCUGCUCGACGAAAUGCGCCGCGCGUCCACGGCGUCUCCGGCCGCGGUACUGCUCCUCGUCCGGCGCCACUGCGCCGCGAGGGACGUCGCGGGCGCCGUCGCCGCCUUCCGAGCGCUCCCGAGCUUCGGGUUCCACACCGGCGCCGCCGAGUUCCAUGGCCUCCUGAGCGCGCUUUGCCGGUACAAGAACGUGCAGGACGCGGAGAAUUUGCUGAUAUCCUGGCAGAAGGAGUUCCCCUUCGAGACCAAGAGCUUCAACAUCGUCCUCAACGGAUGGUGCAACAUUGUCUGCAGCGUGCGGGAGGCGAAGAGGUUCUGGAGCUCCAUGGAGAGAAAGGGCAUUGCCAGGGAUGUUCUGUCCUAUGGGAGCAUGAUCUCCUGCUUCUCAAAGGCCGGGAGCCUCGACUCAGUCAUGAAACUCUUCAACCGCAUGAACGAGGCUGGCGUUGCUCCAGAUCGGAAAGUGUACAAUGCUAUUGUGUUCGCCCUGGCCAAGGGACGGUGCGUGAAGGAGGCGAAGAUGCUUGUCAGGAGUAUGGAGGAGAAGCAGGUUGCCCCAGACACGGCCACUUUUAACUCUCUCAUCGGCCCUCUGUGCAAGGCUCGUCAGUUUCAGGAGGCAAUGGAAAUGUUCGAUGCUAUGUUACAGAGAAAGCUGUCUCCUUCAGUAAGGACUUUCCAUGCACUGCUUAAUGUGGCUAGGAACUCCACCGAAGUUUUUGAUCUCUUGGAUAAGAUGAAACAGUUGCGAUGUGAGCCAGAGAUGGACACUUACAUCAUGUUGAUCAGAAAGUUCUGCCGGUGGAGAGAGCACGAGAGUGUGGAAAAGCUGUGGAGUGCAAUGCCUGCAAAUGGCCUGAGCCCUGACCGGAGCGCGUACAUUGUAUUGAUACAUGGUUUAUUCCUAAACGGAAGACUAGAGGAGGCAGCAAGGUAUUAUGAAGAGAUGAAAAGUAAGGGCUUUUUACCAGAGAAAAAGACUGAAGAAAUGGUAAUGGCUUGGCUUGAAGGCAGAGAGCUUGCCAAGGCAUCAGUUAUUAGCUCCAAGGGUGGUCGUGGUCCAGUGUCUCUCAAACUUCCCAAGAAGUGACAAGUUUAAGGUUUAGGGUACGAUAAAGUUCAAGAAUGAAAUGAAACGAAACGAUAUAUGACGGCGCUUAUUGUUAUUCCUGUAGAACUGCUAAAGUUCAAGAGAUAUUUUGCUACACAGAAAACGGGGGUUAUCCCUAAACCUAAUCUUUUGGUUGUCACCUCGUGGCUAUCCUCUAAUCUUUUGGUUGUCACCUCGUGGCUAUCCUGUGGCUUGAGUAGUAAAUCAAUGAUGCCUAAGAGCCGUUGGCUUAUAUUUAUCAGAUUACUGAUAACAUGGUCUAAGUCAACGAGCUUAUCCUUGUACGGUCUGACCAUUGUACCAUAUCCUUAGAUAUGCCGAUGCUGAUUGCAAGUGGCUCAAGUAUUCAUGUCAUUUUCAUGGUACGGAUCCAAUCCACCAUCAA